AUGUCUAACAGUGAUAAAGAUUCAAUUAGAAAACGAUUAGACAGUGGUGAAUAUAAAUCGUGUGAUAAGUCAACAACUGCUAGUGCCGAGUGGUGGAAAUCAUUCAAUCGCAUUCAAGAUGAAAAAGAAAAUAUCAUUCCUUAUGUUAUAUGUAUACAUUGUAAAUCAGUUCUUGCUUAUGAUUCACAGAAAACUAGUUCAAAAACACUGAAACUUCAUUUCGAGAAUUGCAAAAGUAAACUUACUAUUACUACACCAAAAAUUACAGCACAUUUUACAAGUGAAAAAUAUAAUCACGUAGCAUCGAAACAUAUAAAGAAAGUAUUAAAUGAAUGCGUUAAGUUUUGUGCUUACGGCAUGAGAUCGUUUAACUCGGUUAAUGGACAUGGUCUCGAAUUUUUAGUGCAGGAUCUUCUCCACGUUGCUUAUUCAACUGAUGUUAAGAUUAAAGGGUCAGAUAUUAUACCUCAUUCAACAACUAUAUCUCGUCGUGUACAAUCUAUGGCUUGUGAUGAACGACGUAAAUUAAUUAUUACAUUAAAAAAUGAUAUCGGACAGGUUGGUAGUGAAAUAUUAUCUGCCGAUGAUUCCCCAACUCUGCAUCUCGUUGUACCCUUUUUUAAAAAAUUUCGUAAAUGUUGUGAAGUACGACCCGGUGAUACAGCUGAAAUAACAGACUUAAAAAAUAUUUUGUUAAAUAAGCUUGAUGAUAAAAUUUGGUUAUCGGAAUUUCACUACAUAGCCACUUUUCUUUGUCCAGAAACCAAAAGUUUAACUGUACGUAUUAAUCGUUAUAAAUAUAACUGA